UGCUCUGCCUCCGCCGCCCAAACUUUUUUCCGGGCGCGUUUCGCGGCGGCGCUGUCUGUCCGCCAGCCCUCGGCCCAUGGGCUCCCCGCUGCAGGGGGCCUGAGCCCCGCCGCCAGGUCCGCCCGCCGCGCCAUGGCGGCCCGCGCGCCCCCCGCCGCACCUGCGGCCGAAGAGCCGGGGGGCCCGGGGGGCCCCCCGCGCAGGAAGAAGUCCCGCUCCGGCGCGUCCAGCCUCCGCCGCGCCUUCAGCUGGCUGCGGAGCAAGCGGCGCAAGAAGAAGGCGGCGGUGGCCGAGGGCGCCGAACCGGCCGCCCCCCGGGCCAAGAAGGCGGACGACAAGGCCAGGAGGGCCAAGGGCAAAGGCCGAGGUUCUGCCAAGGCUGAGAGUGACAAACGUCUAAGUGUAGGGCCCGGCCAGGGGCCAGUGUCUGUAGUGGAUGAGCACCAGGACAAUGUCUUCUUCCCCAGUGGGCGACCACCUCACCUGGAAGAGCUGCACACGCAGGCCCAGGAGGGGCUCCGUUCCCUACAGCACCAAGAAAAACAGAAAUUGAACAAGGGUGCUUGGGACCAUGGAGACACCCAGAGCAUCCAGUCCUCCCGGACCGGGCCUGAUGAAGAUAGCAUCUCCUUCUGCAGCCAGACCACGUCCUUCACGGCCGAGAGCUCCACGGCAGAGGACGCUCUCUCUAUCCGCUCUGAGAUGAUCCAGCGCAAAGGCUCCACCUUCCGACCCCAUGACUCAUUUCCCAAAUCAUCUGGAAAGUCAGGGCGGCGUCGGCGGGAGCGGCGGAGCACUGUGCUGGGACUGCCACAGCAUGUGCAGAAGGAACUCGGCCUGCGGAACGAACGUGAGGCUCCAGGUACUCCUCGGCCUCCUGGUCCACGGGAGGCCGUACGCAUCCCCACAGUGGAUGGCCGCCCGGCGGGAGUAGCCACAGGGCCAGGGGCCAGGGUGUCCCUGCGGGCGCUGGAGGCAGAGGCAGAAGCUGGUGCUGAGGCAGAGGCCAUGCUACAGCGCCACAUCGACCGUAUCUACCAGGAUGACAGCCUUGUGGGCCGAUCCACGGGGGCCCGGCCCUUGCCACUGACCCGGCCCAUGUCCCUAGCAGUGCCGGGACUGACAGGAGGGGCAGGGCCGCCGGAACCCCUGAGCCCGGCCAUGUCCAUCUCGCCCCAGGCCACCUACUUGUCGAAGCUGAUCCCGCAUGCUGUGCUGCCACCUACAGUGGACGUGGUGGCCCUGGGCCGCUGCAGCCUGCGCACACUGAGUCGCUGCAGCCUGCUCUCAGCCAGCCCAGCCUCUGUCCGCUCACUGGGCCGCUUCUUCUCAGCCUCCAGCCCGAGGCCCCGCAGCCGCCACCCUUCCUCCUCCAGUGACAACUGGAGCCACUCCCAGUCCUCUGAGACCAUCGUAUCUGACGGCUCCACUCUCUCCUCUAAGGGUGGCUCUGAGGGCCGGCCGGAGGGCUCUGUGGCCAGCAAUAGCGUGGUGCCCCCUCCCCAGGGGGGCAGUGGGAGGGGCUCUCCCAGUGGGGGCAGCACUGCUGAGGCCUCGGACACCAUCAGCAUUCGGAGUGGUGGGCAGCUGUCUGGCCGCAGUGUGUCCCUACGUAAGCUGAAGCGGCCCCCGCCACCUCCCCGCCGGACCCACUCGCUCCAUCAGCGUGGCUCAGCAACACCUGAUGGGCCCUUGGGAUUGCCCCCCAAGCCCGAGCGGAAGCAGCAGCCACAGCUGCCCCGGCCGCCCACCACGGGCGGGUCAGAAGGGAUGGGGGCAGCACCCUGUCCAUCCAACUUAGCAGGUAGCUGGGUGCCUGGCUUGUCUCCAGCUGGUUCCCGGCGCCCCCCACGCUCCCCAGAACGGACACUCUCACCCUCCAGUGGAUACUCGAGCCAAAGUGGUACCCCUACCCUCCCUCCCAAGGGUCUAGCAGGGGCUUCUGCUUCCCCAGGCAAGAUCCAACCCCCUAAACCAGAGCGUGUCACUUCCCUCCGAUCUCCUGGGGCUUCUGUGUCCUCCUCUCUCACGUCUCUCUGUUCCUCCUCCUCUGAUCCAGCCCCCUCAGAUCGUUCUGGUCCACACACAUCAACUGCCCUGGGUGACAGGUUCGUCAUACCUCCUCACCCCAAGGUGCCUGCACCCUUCUCCCCACCUCCCUCAAAGCCCAAGAGCCCUAACCAAGCUGACCCUGCUCCAGCUGCCCUGGCUGUGAUCCCUGGGCCCAUCUCUACCACUGCUGCCAGUCCUGAGUCCCUACCCACUCCCCAGGUAUCCCUGACCCCACCUAAGGCGUCUCCUGUUGCCUCCAAAGCCCCGUCACCCCCACCAUCCCCACCCCCAUCUUAUCAUCCACCCCCACCACCCACUAAGAAGCCAGAGGUGGUUGAGGAGGCCCUGUCUGCCCCAGAGACUACUGAGGAGUCCCUCCAAGAUCCCAACUGGCCCCCACCCCCACCUCCUGCACCGGAGGAGCAGGACCUCUCCAUGGCUGACUUCCCUCCACCAGAGGAGGCCUUUUUCUCUGUGGCUGGCCCUGAGCCUGAAGGCCCUUCACAACCCUUGGAGCCCCCUUCAGCUACUAUCUCUUUCCAGAGCCAGCCCUGUGAUACCCCAGACCCUCCUCCAGCUCCACCAGCCCCACCUCCUGCUGGUUCUGUCACAGGGCUUCUGGCCAAGGCUCCUCGAAAGGAACCAGUGGGCUGCAGCAAGGGUGGGGGGCUCCCCUGGGAGGAUGCUGGUGCACCCCUGGUCACGCCCUCACUCCUGCAGAUGGUUCGGCUGCGCUCUGUGGGCGCCCCCACAGUGGCUCCAAAUCCAGCAUCAGGGCCAUCACCCCCCCAGAAGCCACUACGAAGAGCCCUGUCAGGGCGGGCCAGCCCAGCACCUGCCCCCUCCUCAGGGCUCCAUGCUGCUGUGCGACUCAAGGCCUCCAGUCUGGCGGCCAGUGUGGGCCCUGUAAGUGCCCAGCCCAAUGGACCACCUGAGGCAGAGCCACGGUCCCCUGCCUCUACCGCCAGCUUCAUCUUCUCCAAGGGCACUAAGAAGCUGCAGCUGGAGCGGCCUGUGUCCCCUGAGGCCCAGGCUGACCUCCAGCGGAACCUGGUAGCUGAACUACGGAGCAUCUCAGAGCAACGGCCACCCCAGGCCCCAAAGAAGCCACCUAAGGCUCCCCCGCCCGUGGCCCGCAAGCCCUCUGGGGGAGUCCCCCCACCCCCCUCCCCCUGCUUUCCUCGGGCUGAACCCCUUACUGCUCCUCCUACCAACGGGCUCCCUCAUGCAGAGGACAGGACUAAGGAGGAGCUGACAAAGAAUGGAGGUGUCCUGCAGCUGGUGGGCCCAGAGGAGCAGAAGCUGGGCCAGCCUGGCUCAGAUUUUUCUGGUCUCGGUGCCUGGGAAGGGUGACCUGUCACCUCUGAUGAGCUACAGUGAAGGAGCAUGACCCACAGAAAGAGUUGGUCUGACCACCAGGCACCUUGCUGGCACUGCUGACCCAUCCCAGGAAUACAAUCUCAGGGACCUGAGUGGCUCCAAGGAUGAGAGGAUAACGGUGGACACUUAACCUAAUAGAGAGGACGCCUGCAGCCUUAACCUCCACGGCCUUCGAUAUUUAUGCAAGCCUGGUAUUGAUCCUGCCCUCCAAGUCAUCCAGCUCUCAUGCCUUUUCCCGAGUGGAUUCAUCUCUGGCAGCUGCAGCCUCAGUCUUGGCCUUAGCCUCAUCUUGAAGGAGGUAGCUGGUGGGAGUGGGUGGCUGCGCCCCCUGCUGGCCUCAGGGCCACAGAGUUGGGAACAGAACACCUCACUUGAGUUAAAAUUUUUUCUUUUCUUUUUCAUGUCCAAAUCAUGCACAUACUGUACUCCAGAAUCAAAGCACUUUUGAAAAGUGGCUGCAUGUCCAUCCUCCAGGGCCCAUGAAACCACAUUCUGAGGGCCUGUUUACAUGGCAGCAGCAUCAGUCCCCAGCAGCCAGCCCAUGGCUGGGACUGAUCUGUCCCCCUCCUCUGAUCCACUUUGCUCCUUUUUUUCAGUUCUUGGAGGUGGGCAAAUCAUUGUAUACCCACAGGCUUCUCCAGGCUGGAGGCAGAAGUGGGGCUGUGGAAUUCCAAAGCACAAAAGGUGUAGUGGGGGCGUUAGCCUUUCUGUGCCUCAACGUACCACCACCCACCCUCCUGCCUUCCAGUUCUGCCAGGUGCUCCACGCGGGAACAGGAAGUGGGAGUCUGCCAGGUCCCAGAUGCAUCGGGGAGAAAGAACCAGAGGGGAGGUUCGCUCUGUCCUCAGUGAGCAGAACGGAGUAGGGAGUCAUCUCAGUGGGCACUUGGCCCUGUUUCACUUCAUCAGGUUGGGGUGGGUGGGCACGACUCUUCAGAGGCAGAAGCCCAUGGUCCAUGGCAAAGCUGGGUGGGUCCCUUUCAGCUCAGCAGAAGUCCUGCGGACCUGGAUGCAGGGGUGGGUCUGGCAAGGAAGAGCUUAUUUGGGCAGUGGGCCCAGACCUGGCCCUAUGGGUUUCAUUCUCUGGCCUUUCUUUCUGCUCCAUGCAUGUCCUUUCAGCACAGGUGGCUCCACUGGGGGAGCUGAUGCUGAGUGACAUGGAUGGCAAGCCAAAGGUACAUUCUGUUCCAGACUCUUCCCCUAGUCAGUGAGGGGGCACUCUGCUCCCACAGGCAGACUGGGUGGUUGCCCCCUAGACAUCAGCCUCUGCUACUCAUCCCUCCUCCAGGAAUUUCAAUGACCUUUCCAUUUUCAGCCUGUGCCACUUAUCUAGGUAAGCCGGCUUUCCCACUGGCCCCAGUGGCUCCACGGGGGUGGCCCUAGUGCCUCCUUCCACUGCAGCGUGGCUGCCACCAGGACCACCCCUUCUGUCUUGAUCCUCUUUUCUCAAUAGUGACUGGGGCUUGAGCCUGGCAUGGAACCUCGCUUUUAGCUGCUUCUCCUCCACCCAGGAGAGAGGUUGACCCCUUCCCAGUACAAGAGCUGGGGACAGGGGGAAUGUGGUCUGAGAACCCAGGUAGCUCUGGCUCUCUCACUAGUCUCUUCUUCCUGUCGUUAUAAACCAGUGUUCUUCUCUGCCCUUUGGGUAAUGGAGAGCUGCUGCUGGGUAUGCGCUGAGCCUGCCCAGUGAGUAGGGGAAAGAGGACAGUUAGUUAGUAAGCAGUGCUCAGCUCAGAGCUCCUGACUCAACCCCCUGGGAACCGGGAACCAGGACCAGGCCAAAGCUUCUGUAACACCAGGCCCUGGCAGUAGCCUAGAGCUGCUGGAGGUGGGAAGGAGCCCACCUUGUGUCUUUCCCUCCCCUCCUUGUGUUAUUUGAGCUCCUUAUCUUCACUUAGAAUCUUCUGAGCUUGUUUCCCCACUGGGUGGGACAGAGUACAAAGGAGAAAGGAGGAUCUCCAAGAGGCAACCCUUCUUUGUCCUCUGGGAUAAAUGAGCUUGACCUAGUGCACAUGGAGAGACCAAAAGCCUCUGAUUUUUAAUUUCCAUAAAAAUGUUAGAGAAGUAUAUAUAUAUAUAUAUUUCUUUAAAUUUUUGAGUCUUUGAUAUGUCUAUACAAACAAUCCAUUUCCUCUGCCCCAAAGCUGGAGUGAGACACAUGGAAAAGCUCUGUGUGGGUUUCAUUCAAAGGUGUUAAUUAAUUAAAUGAUUAAAACUUG